UCACUUCAAUUAAACUGCACUUAACGCCCUCACCCACUCCACACCCCUCUUUUUUAUCCUCACGCACUACCAUUUUCCAAUCCAACAGAAACACCUCUAUCAGUUGCCCUUUCACUCUUUCACUCUCAUCACAAACAAAAAAGCAGUUUCUUUCAUCAACUUGGUCUUUGUUUCUUCCACGCAUACCAUUGACUCUGGACUCCAAGGUCAACAACAGGCUCAUAUACCCAAAAGGGGGUUGAUUUCAGAACCAUGGUUCGCACUUCGCACACCCCAGAUCAAAAUAAUGUGCUUUUUCCAUCAUGGUGUUGUUAUUCUGUUGAUUAGUGGGCCUCUGCAGUACCAGUCUUCUGCAAAAUGAUUUCAUUGUUUGAGUAUCAAGAGAGAUCAAAGAAUGGUUCGCCAAACUGAUUUAGUUAUCAUUGGUGUUUCUGCUGGUUUGGCACUUGGAAUUCUGAUAUCUUGCCUCAUAUUUUUCGGCAUAAGGUGGUGCAAGAAACGUUCUGCUCAUCGUAGACUAUCUGCAAAUGAGUCUAGUGUCACAACUCUUCCAAUACGAACAAAUGGGUUGGGAACAAGUACCGACUUUAGUGCAUCACUCAAUAGUUCCAUAGCCACAUCAAGGUCAGAAAAUAUCAAGAAAAGCUCCCAUUUCAAUUGGUGGAGUCAUCAAAACAAAGAUCGGUUUGCUUCGGCAUCAGGCAUUCUAAAGUAUUCAUACAAAGAAAUUCAAAAGUCCACACAAAAUUUCACAACAACCUUGGGACAAGGAUCAUUUGGGACAGUUUAUAAAGCGACAAUGCCUACAGGGGAGGUUGUAGCAGUGAAGGUGCUUGCACCCAAUUCUAAACAAGGGGAGAAAGAAUUCCAUACAGAGGUAUUUCUGCUAGGAAGACUGCAUCACCGAAAUCUUGUGAAUUUGGUUGGAUAUUGUGUAGAUAAAGGGCAACGCAUACUGGUUUAUCAGUAUAUGAGUAAUGGAAGUUUAGCAAAUCUUAUAUAUGGUGAAGAAAAGGGAUUGAGUUGGGAUGAAAGGCUGCAAAUUGUUCUUGAUAUUUCACAUGGAAUAGAAUACCUUCAUGAAGGAGCAAUUCCACCUGUCAUACAUCGCGAUUUAAAGUCUGCCAACAUAUUGCUAGAUCACUCAAUGAGAGCUAAGGUUGCUGAUUUUGGACUCUCAAAAGAAGAGAUCUUUGAUGGCAGGAAUUCUGGUCUGAAAGGUACAUAUGGCUACAUGGAUCCUGCAUACAUUUCCACAAGCAAGUUAACAACUCAGAGUGACAUAUACAGUUUUGGUAUCAUAGUUUUUGAGCUCAUCACUGCCAUCCACCCUCAUCAAAAUUUGAUGGAGUAUGUCAACCUUGCUGCAAUGGAUCAUGAUGGUAUAGAUGAGAUACUUGACAAGAAACUAGUGGGAAAAUGCAAUCUUGAAGAAGUGAGGCAACUUGCUAAGAUUGGACACAAAUGCCUGCACAAAUCACCUAAGAAACGUCCCUCCAUAGGUGAGGUUUCUCAGUUCAUAUCAAGAAUAAAGCAACGGCGUCAGCGCCGUCUGACAGAAGAUAACUUGUCAUUUGCAAGCAACAACUUUUCUCGAGCUGUGAGUCGAUUAGAAGAUCGACAGGUUGAACUUAGCAGGAUGUCAACCAUUAGCCUAACAGAAACUCUAUGAACAUACUUGUAUAUUGGGUCACUUCAAAGAAUCACUUUGGUCCGUUGCUACCAUGGGACCGAGAAAUUUUUCUGCUAAUCUAAUGAAACAACUUCUACUACAAAAUGUUGAAAUCAA